UCCCCUGGAACAGGAGUUACAGACAGCUGUGAGCCACCAUGUGGGUGCUGGGAACUGAACCUGGGUCCUCUGGAAGAGCAGUCGGUGUUCUUAACUGCUGAGUCAUUGCUCCAGCCCUUAUUGUUUAUUCAUUUAUUUAUUUAUUUGUCGAUCGAGACAAAGUUUCUCUAUGUAGCCCCAGCUGUCCAGGCUGGCCUUGAACUCAGAGAUCCGCCUGCCUCUGCCAUCCGAGUGCUGGGAUCAAAGGCGUGCGCCACCACGCCAAGGCAUAAGCUACUUUUAAAUGGUACUUUGAUGGUUUUUAUCUCCUUUUUCACCAUGUUUUAUGAAGAAGAUUCCUCUGGCUCACGAGGAACCUGAAAUCCUUCUGAGAGAAGAUUCUCACUGCUGCUGUGCAGUCCAUGAAUAGACCUGCUGCGGCCUGGGAUCCACAGGGAAGAGGCGGGGAACCCUAGUCCUCUGCACUCUCUUUCCCCACCAUUCCAAGUCCAGACACUCAUGUGUUCAUCAGGUUAUUGCUAAUGAUGGCAGCUUGUCUUGUGCUUGUCUUGUGUCUGUCUUCUGUGUGCUAUUUAUUACCAACUAAUGAAGACUAAGAAACAAAAAAUCAAACCACACAAGGAUUUCAAAUUCAACAACUUCUAUAAUUCUGUUUAAAACAAAAGUGAAAAAUUAAAAAAAUAGGGCUAGAGAGAUGGCUCAGAGGUUAAGAGCACUGGCUGCUCUUCCAGAGGUCCUGAGUUUAAUUCCCAGCAACCAUAUGGUGGCUCACAACCAUCUGUAAUGAGAUCUGGUGCCCUCCUCUGCAUACAUAAUAAAUAAAUUUAAAAAAAUACAUUAAAAAAUAGUUUGAAGCCAUUGUCAAAAUCCAUCCUGCUGGAUUUAAUGCACCCAAGGUAAAACAAAACAAAAACAAAAACAAACAUGAAGUCAUGAUAUUAGCACACGCUGCAGAUGUGAACUCAUGAACUGAAACAGAAACACGGAGACCGUAAAGAGCCCUACAGCGCAGUGAGCUUUCCCCUCAACUUUCUAUUUCCCGCCUCUGCUGUAAUAAGGAACCAGCACGCCUGUGCCUCCACCUCCUCAGUGUAAACCCAAUCUCACAUCUGCAGCUCUGGAACCGAGAGCUCUGGGGAGAAGCCGGGCUCCCUCCUAGCUGUGCAUCGCUGUGUGACCGGAUGCGACAGGUCCCCUAUCCUCUCAGUUUCCUUGCUUGCUUCUGGGGGUGGGGUGGGGGUGUUGUGACAUCCACAUGAGGCUACUAGCAGAUGCCUGGCACUGCUCGGGUGAGUUCUCCGGAGAGGUUCAGGACCCCUGCGGAGUCACGGGGUUCCACCCGGGAGUGAGCAGGGGCAGUCUCUCUAUCUUUCCCCCUCGUAACUGUUUGCUCUUGCUCCUUCUCCCCCCAUUUCCCCUGUUGGCCUCUUCUGACUUUAUUAAUAAAUCCAGCCAUUCCCCUGCCUCACCACUUAUGGAAUAGUUCUUACAUUUGUCUCACUUUUCUCUCUCUUGUUUAUACAGCGGACCACGUAGCCAUGUAUGACAUCUUUGCACAGACGCAGAAGCCGUCGGGCGAAUGCGUGUACGAGUUUGACGGCGAUGCGCAGUUCUAUGACAGGGAGGAGACGGUCUGGGGCCUGCAGGAGUUCAGCACGGUCUACGCAUUUGACGCCCAGGAGGCUCUGCCCUACAUCUUCAGCCUGAAGAACAAUCUCAGAGCCUUGAUCCAGAGACACAACGUCACCCAGGUCCCCAGUGAGCCUCCCGAGGUGGCUGUGUUCCCCAAGAACCCAGUGGAGCUGGGCCAGCCCAACGUCCUCAUCUGCCACAUCGACAGGUUCUUCCCCCCAGUGCUCAACGUCACAUGGCUUCGUAACGGGCAGCUGGUCACUGAAGGGACUUCUGAGACGGUCUUUCUGCCCAGCACAGAACUCAGAUUCCACAAGUUCCACUACCUGACCUUCAUUCCCACUGCCGAGGACAUGUAUGACUGCAGGGUGGAGCACUGGGGCCUGGGCGAGCCGAGCCUCAGCCACUGGGAAGUGCAGGAGUCAGUCCAGGUGACGGAGACAAUGGAGACUGCAGUCUGCGCCCUGGGCCUGGUGGUGGGGCUGGUGGGCAUCAUCGUUGGCAGUGUGCUCAUCAUAAGGGCUCUGUACUCCAGCCAUGACCCCCGGACCCAGGGACCCCUGUGAGUAACUGUGGAGGUGGGGAUGUUAGGAUGCAGCCAGAGGACAGAGGAGGGAGUCCACACCUGCUGUCCAGACAGGAGGGAACACUGAUGAAGUGGACACAGAUCUCUCCGGGGUUAGUGGGCAGAGCUAUGUGAGACAACCCAGAGAACCCAAGGCUUGGGCAUUACCCUGAGCAUCUGACUUACAGCCCAGUGUUAUCCCUCCUCGACGUGAUGGUAUUAACGUCACUGUGGUUUGAUGCUUGAGAGAUGCUUACAGCAUUUGUGUGCACGAGAGCAUUGAGCACCGUCACCAAGGCCACACAGACUGUCUGGACCCAAAACAGCUUCACCAUUGUCCUAGGCUCCCUUUUAGGAAGAAAGAGACCAAGUUCAACCACAGUCUAGUCUUGGAUCCAGUCUGUCCUGCGCAUGCACACACUUACGGGAUGCUGGGAUGUGGGGUUGAUACACAGCUUCUCAUCUCUCCUUGGAUCCACUGAUGGCAAAGCUCACAUAAAAAUUCCC